AUGUUUGGUGUUAUGAGGUUCAUUUCCACUAUUUCGAUUGUUCUUUUAUUCUCGACACAAGUAUCGGCUUACAAUCAGACAGUCAAUCUAGUGAACAACAAUACCAUUUGUUUCCAGAACUACAACAAACAAACAAUUAUUGAGAAAUUUCUUUUUGGAAAUCGUUUUUUGAUAAAUUUAACAAAGUACUCAUUUUUCAAUUUUGGAAAUAGAUAUCAGAAUGGACACAUCAGAAUCACGUUUGAUGAAGAUUAUUUUAAUGAAAAUUUGGUGGCCAAUUCAGAAUCCUCUAAUUUCCAGGUCCCUAUUUUCUUGAUUAAAGGUGAUAGUGAAAAACAACCAUUUUCCCAUCAUGUUGGACAAUUGAAGGCGGUUUUACAAUUUUAUGAAGAUUAUUAUAACGAAACCAAGUACGAAUGCUCUAAACAAACCGCUAAUGGUGUUGAUGUGUCAAGAGCCCAAAUUUGCAACGUUUUUAAUGAAGGCUUGUUUAAGGAUUUUGCCUCCAGGUAUAAUUUUGCUUACCGUUUGAUGAACCGCGAUACUAGAGAGGCGAUAUUUAAAAUUGAUGGGUUCAAUAAUUACUGUAUUUUCAGUAAAAUCAUUCACUCCAAAGAUUUUGAAUAUCACAUGGAUGAAGAGAUGCCAAACAAAAGGGCAGUUCCUGUGAAAAUCAUCAAUGAAAUUUACAAUUCUUUUGGAAGCUUGAAGAUUUUUGACUUCUUGAAUAAUGUGAUUAUUUCAGAAUUAUUUGCGAUUUUAUUAUUCUGCUUUGUGGUAUCUUUCUUAUUAUUAUUUGUUGCUAAAUUGCUUUUUGGUCAAACUCGUUAUUUCUGGAAUGUUUUGACCACUUAUUCUAUCAGUUAUAUUCCAAUGGUAUUUGUUCAAUUAUACUUGCUUUAUUUCGAUGCGUACUUAUUCAGUUACAUUCACCAUUUAAUUAAAAAUAACUUUUCGCAAGCUGAAUUUGAAAAUAGUUUUAUUCAAGCCUUUCACUGGAGAACAAACUUGAUCCCUAUUGUCUCGAAAAUAACCGAGUACUUUAUGAUUGUCUUUAAAAUUUUCUUGACAAAUUUUAUUGAAAUCUUUGUGAGUGUUCUCUUUUCCAAAGGUUACGGCUUCUGGUUCAAUAAUAUCAACUUCAAUAUUUUUAAAACUGAGAACCAUAAUAUGAAGCGAGUAGUUACCAACUGGAAAUUUCUUGCAUUUGUGGCCAUUAUCGUUAUUGAGUCAGUUUUAUACAUAUUCAUUUCCCAUUCAAAUGGUACCACUGUCGACAAAAUCAGAAUAUUGAUUAACAUUUCUAAGGAAUCUGUGUUAUUGUUCAUUAUCUUGAGUAACUAUUUCAAUCACGUUGACGUCAAUAAAUUGUCAAGAACAAUUGGAAACAUUUUAUACACCAAUGAUAAAAACCUUAAAUUUCAAAAACCGAAGACUAUCAUUAAUGAUAAGUUGGUGGAAUUGAACUUGAAGUUAUUCAUAAAAAAAACUUUGUUGAAAUACAAUAAGACAAUUUUGUUGUUGAUAGUGAAAUUAUUUUUCCAAAUUUCGUUAAACUUCAUUGAAAUGGGUUUUAUUGACAACUAUUCGUCUGACUCUUUGACCAAAUCUAUUUUUUCUGACAGAAUACAAAACAACGAUAAUUGUUUGACAGUUAUCUUAUAUUUAUUUGAUUACGUCAGCAUUAUUGGGAAAUUCUUCUUUCAUCCCUUGUCGAGUGAAUCUAUCUCCAAUAGCAGUAACCCAGUCAUCAUUUUGAAUAGAAAAUUUGAUGAAGAAAGAAUCAUCUUCAUUACCCAUUGUUUGAAAAAUGGUAUUAACAUUUUCGUUAAUUUCUUGAUUUGCUUGGUUAACAUUAACGUCGAUCUCAAUAACUUGCAUGAUGAGCAGUCAUCCUAA